AUGGAAACUAACAGAUGUUCAGGAACAAAUAGUGUCCCACUUGGCCAAACUCGAAGAGCUGGCAGUGGUGAAGAUGGUAGUAGUGGUAGUAGCAGCAGUAUGGCUUUAGCCACGACAGGAUCUUAUGGAGCUGGUAAUGGAGUCGAUGGUGUAGUAGUACCUAGAGGACGUCAGCCAACAAAACAGAGACAACCAAAGUUAAAUCGAUGGAGUGCUGAGAAUGAUGCAAAUGCCAUUGCUGCUCUGGUUGGAAUGAAUACCAGUUUAACGGGAAUUUUGACUCCAGAACAGAUGGAAGCAUAUGCCACUCAUUACAGAAUCGAGGAAAUCACCCAGAAACUACGGACAAACGACGUGAUUCCUCCAGAAAAAGACCGGUCUCCUUCACCACCUCCACAAUAUGAUGCUCAAGGUCUACGUAUCAACACAAGAGAUGUCCGAUAUAGAAACCUGCUGGAAAAAGAGCGUCAUGCCCUAGUUGAAAAAGCAAUGAAGUUCAUUCCUCUUUAUAAACCGCCAAGCAACUAUAAGCGACCACAAAAGACACAAGAAAAGAUUUAUAUUCCAAGAAACGAUUAUCCUGAAGUCAAUUUUGUAGGAUUAUUAUUAGGACCUCGUGGCAAGACGUUAAAAGAAAUGGAAAUGAAAUCAGGAGCUGUUAUUAAUAUUCGAGGUAAAGGUUCGGUAAAAGAGGGUAAACGAACGCGAACUGAUAUCCCCUAUCAAGACACAAUGGACGAUGAAUUACAUUGUCUAGUAACAGGAGAUUCAGAAGCUAAGAUUCAAAAAGCAAUUGAUCUGAUUAAUGAGAUUGUUGCGACGGCGGCAUCAACGCCCGAAUAUGAAAAUAGCCAUAAACGAGAACAACUACGGUCGCUUGCUGCUCUCAAUGGUACAUUACGAGACUUUACGACUCAGCCAUGUUCCAACUGUGGAGAACUGGGUCACAGACGAUUUGACUGUCCAAACAAGAAAUCGUUUGUUUCAAGUGUAGUAUGCCGCAACUGUGGCGGAGUAGGCCAUUUUGCUCGUGAUUGUAAAGAACCAAGAAAGUACGGAAACAAUGGCGGUGGCAGAGGCAACGACUCGUUCAACCAACCGAAAUCUGCCGCUGAUCAAGAGUACGAGCAACUGAUGAUGGAGCUUGGUGCUGGUGGAGGAUCUGGGUCGGGUGGUUCACGUGCCUCUGGUUUAAACAACACUCCUCUUGGCCGGAUUGGCUAUAACAACAGUAACAACAACAGUGGUGGUGGUAAUAACAAUAGCUAUGGACCAGGAUCAAACGGAUCAGGAUUUGGUUCUGGACCAUCAGGACCAGGAUCAGGAUCGUAUUCAGACAAUCGUCGAGGAGGACGCGAUCGAGACGGGGACCGUGGCCGUGAUAACAGGAGGUUUGACGACCGUCGCGACCGACGAGACGACCGACGAGACGACCGAAGAGAUGACCGACGAGAUGACCGACGAGAUGACCGCAGAAACGAUUACAGAGAUAACUACCGAGAUCGCGACCGUGAUCGUGAUCGUAACAGAGACUCAUACGGCAGUUCCUACGGCAAUGACAGCGGUCCUCGUCACGAUUUCGGCGGCCGGUCGGAUUCCAGGAACUACAACAACACCAACAUCCCAUUCACCCCAUCUCCAGGAAUGUCUUCAAUCCCUGGUAUUCCAUUCACUCCUGGCAACAUCCCUGGUCUCGGUCCCGUACCAACAUCACACACACCACCAAUUCACAACAGCCACAACCAGCCACCUCCACCACCCACAUCCAAUAACUACGGACCCCCAGGCAUCCCUGGUGUCCCCGGACUCGCCUCCUCACGCGCAACAAACGCGCCACCAGGCCUCCCUGGUCCCCCAGGACUCGGUGCACCUCCCGGACUCCCUCCACCACCACCUUCUGCCUCUCGUCCACCAGCGCCGUCCUCACGUCUCCCCCCACCACCGCCACCUGGAAAGUAG